AUAUAGUUCCAGCCUCAUUUCAUCAGGACAAGUUGUAAGGAGAGGUGAAUGUACGCAAUUUGUUUAUAAAAAUACGUUAAUUUUGACGUUAAUCGUCGUUGUUGUUGUUUAACAAUCAACACACAUAGGAUUUGGCGUUGUUUAAGCAGUUUAUUGUAUUUUUUUUUAAAAAUAACCAGGUUAUGAUUCCGCAUGCGGAAAUGUAUUAAGAGGACCUAAAGACUUUUGAAGCCUUAAAACUUCGGGAUUUUUUUUUUUAAAAGGCUUGGAUUUUACACUAUUGUAGAUCUGAAAACCUGCUGAAACCCAGUGGUUACAGUGAGUGAGAUAACUUAAAAGUUUUAAACAGAAUCUACUAAAGACAAAAAUAAGAAAAUGGAAUUUAAAGUGGAGGCUCACCGGAUUAUGAGUAUCUCGUUGGGGAAAAUCUACAAUUCGAGAGUCCAGAGGGGGGGGAUCAAGCUCCACAAGAACCUUCUCGUGUCCCUCGUUCUCCGGAGCGCCCGGCAGGUGUACCUCAACGAUUACUACCAGAGUGUGUGUCUCAACGCGCAGCAGCACUGGGGCCAGCAUGAGGAAGUCAUGGACUCUGACCAGCCAAAGACUACCUCUGAACCCGCAGGGUACACGGCCACAACCCCAUCUGCUCCUGCAGCAACUACCGUCAGCGAACCCGGGCUACCUGCGGAGAACACGCCGCCAGAGCUGACCAUCGACGUUGAAAGCUUAACUGAAAGCCACGCCGCAGCACCGACAGAGGAGGCGGAGGCAGACCACACAGACAGCGAAGAAGACAAGCGCUCCGACUCAGACUGCAGGAGAAAUCAGCCCUCAGAACUGAAAGGAGACGCCGCGGAUCCGGCCUCCAGUCCAACUGCUGUUCCUCUGGCAGAGCACCUAGUGCCGGAUAACCCGAUCGCCCCAAAGAAGGAAGCGAAACCACCUCAAGACGAUGGCGGUUGCGGGGAAGCAGAUGCAGUCGGAGGUGGUGACGGUGACUCAGUGAUAGAAACACAAUUUGUUAUUCACCCGGCGACUUCAUGUAAUAGAAAGAGGAGAAGCAGCGAGAAAGCAGCACCGCCAGAGUCUCCUGUUAAAAAAACAAAGCGGGCCCCGUCCUCCACGCCCUCAGGCGAGGAGGAAAUGGACACCACGAACGUCUCCAGCUUAAUUACCAUCUUCGGCUCCAGUUUCUCGGGACUCUUGAGCAAAGACAGUACGCAGACAGAAGCGGAGGCGGGGGACAGUGAUAGAGACUCCGGUGCUGGGCAGAUAUGCUGCGAUCAAGUUCUGAAAAACCUCAACCCAUGGACUACAGCGAUCGUGGCUUUUUAAUGGACACAUGUUUUAAUGAAUUGGUGUAAACGCACCGUUGAAGGUAUCGGGUAUGACUGCUCUCCCUCCCCCUCCCCCUAAACGCACCCCUCCCCCCCCAGAAUGCCUGACUAACCACGUGGAGAGAGGACCAAAGGGGGGUUUCCCGUACAGACGGGAAAUGUAACUUGGUAGCAUAGGAGAGGUACAUGCCGUGGUGUGUCGGGGCAUGUUUAGCAGGGGAUUCUGUGAAGUACUGUGUGUGUGCUUUGUACACGGCGGGAAUGAGGUAAACGUGAUUUAAAACAAGCCAUUUUGUAUACAGAUACAAUUUAGGGGGCCACUGUUAAAUAGUUUUUAAUUAUGUUUUAAAAAGAUGCAUUUGCCUCGUUUAUGGAAAAACAUGUUGCAUAAACCUAAGGGAACCAUUGUGUUUAGUAAACAAGAUCAUAUAAACCUGUCCAAAGUAGGGGGAGAAAGCCAGCCCUUGGUAAUUUGGUAUAUCUACUCCAAGUUUAAGCGGUGAGCAGUGUUUAUCAAUACAAAAUAUACACCUUGUGUGCUCCUGAGCAGAGUCGGUGCUAUUGAACUCGGUUGCAGUCGGCGUCUUGUGAGUUCCGAGACGUGGCCGCGUUGAACUGUAUAUACCGGUUUAUAUAGAAAUGUCUUUUGUAAAGACUUGUACACUUGUUUGACUUUGUACACAUGUUUUUUUCUUUCUUACAGUUCUGUAUUUUGCGCUUAAUGAUGACAUUGCUACGUGUAUCUGCCACACGUAAUAAAAACAACGUUUUUGAAAGUGAAA